UUGCUCUGCUUUUUUAGCAAAAAAAAAAACUCUCCUUCUUCAAUUCCUCUCAAAUCCCUUCCCCACCCAAACAAGCUUUAUUUUUGUUGUUGUAAAUGGGGUUUCUUUAAAUAACCAGAAACUGAAGAAUAAUGUUGCCAGUUUCUUACAACCUUGCUUCAAUAAUUUUCUCUGUUCGGUUCCUCUGUUUUGUCUUAAGCUUCAACAGUAUCUUUUCAACCACAGAGUUUGAUUUUGGAACCUUGUCUCUCACCAGUUUGAAACUGUUAGGGGACGCUCACUUAAGCAACGGGAGCGUCAGGCUCACUCGCGACGUUGAAGUACCGGACUCCGGUGCCGGUAGAGUUUUAUAUUCAAAACCGGUGAGAUUCAGACAACCAGGAACUCAUAAACUUUGUAGUUUCUCCACUUUCUUCUCAUUUUCCAUCAGUAACCUUAACCCAUCUUCCAUCGGCGGUGGUUUAGCCUUUGUCAUUUCACCGGACAGUGAUUUCGUCGGCGCCGGUGGGGGUUCAUUGGGACUUCUUGAUGAUAAAGGUCAAGCAUUGGGUUUCGUGGCGGUGGAAUUCGAUACUCUCAUGGACGUUGAAUACAAAGACAUUAAUGGUAACCAUGUUGGGUUGGAUCUGAACAGUGUAGUUUCAUCACAAGCUGCCGAUUUGGGUGGUUUAGAUAUCGAUCUAAAGAGUGGAAAUGUUAUUAAUUCAUGGAUCGAAUACGAUUCUUCAUUUGGGGUUUUGAAUAUUUCGAUUUCGUACUCAAAUUUGAAGCCUAAAAACCCCAUUUUAUCAGUGAGUUUAAGCCUUGAUCAGUAUGUUAAUGAUUUCAUGUACGUAGGAUUUUCAGGCUCAACACAAGGAAGCACUGAGGUUCAUAGCAUCGAAUGGUGGAGUUUCAGUUCAAGGUCAGGGUCAGGAUCAGGGCCAACAUCUCCGCCGCCGUCAACUGCGACUACUUUAACAAACCCAACCGCGGAUUCCGUUAAAUCACCGCCGCCUCUUCCGCCGUCGUCUUCUUCUCCUUCUCCUCCUUCUUCUUCAUGCCAUAACCAGCUUUGCAGAGAAGGUCCAGGAGCUGUAGCAGGGGUGGUAACCGCCGGAGCUUUCUUUUUAGCUCUAUUUGCCGGUGCUUUAAUCUGGGUUUACUCUAAAAAGUUCAAACAUGAGAACAAAUUAGGCCAAUCUUUUGCAUCGGAGAUAAUCAAAUCGCCAAAGGAAUUCACUUACAAAGAGCUUAAAGCCGCCACGAGAUGCUUCGAUGCCAAUAGAAUCAUCGGCCAUGGUGCUUUUGGGACUGUUUAUAAAGGUAUUUUGCCGGAAAAUGGUGACAUUGUAGCCGUCAAAAGAUGUAGUCAUAACAGUCAAGGGAAGAACGAGUUUUUAGCUGAGUUAUUAAUAAUCGGAACUCUAAGGCAUCGAAAUCUUGUAAGAUUACAAGGAUGGUGCCAUGAAAAAGGAGAGAUUUUAUUAGUUUAUGAUUUAAUGCCUAAAGGGAGUCUUGAUAAAGCUUUAUUUGAAGCCAAAACGCCAUUGCCAUGGCCUGAAAGGCAAAAAAUUUUGUUAGGGGUGGCCUCAGCAUUAGCCUAUUUACAUCAAGAAUGUGAUCGGCAAGUUAUUCAUAGAGAUGUUAAAACCAGCAACAUAAUGUUGGAUGAAGCUUACAAUGCCAAGCUCGGAGAUUUCGGUUUAGCUCGGCAAGUUGAACACGAUAAGUCCCCGGAUGCAACGGUAGCCGCCGGCACGAUGGGGUAUUUAGCUCCCGAAUACCUUCUAACAGGACGAGCGACGGAUAAAACCGACGUGUUCAGCUACGGAGCAGUUGUCUUAGAGGUUGCUAGCGGCAGAAGACCGAUCGAGACAGGGAAAGCUCCGGCUCGUGUGAGUGGCAAUUUGGUGGAAUGGGUUUGGGGUUUACAUAAAGAAGGUAAAUUGUUAACCGCUGCCGAUGCUAAACUCGAAGGUCGUUUCGAGGAAUCCGCGAUGAGACGAGUACUUUUGGUCGGGUUAGCUUGUUCACACCCUGAUCCAUUGGCUAGACCCACUAUGAGAAGUGUGGUCCAAAUGUUGGUGGGUGAAGCUGAGGUCCCAAUGGUUCCAAGAACCAAACCAUCAACAAGUUUUAGCACUUCCCAUCUAUUGUUAACAUUACAAGACAGUGUAUCUGAUUACAAUGGCAUUGUCACCAUCUCUAGUUCUUCAUCAGAGAAUAGCUACAUUGGUCUUGAUCUUGUGUAAUAUAAGGAAAAAAAUAUCAAACUCAUGUAUAUUGCUUAUUUGAUUAUUUAUGUAUGACAAAAUAACAUGUAAUUUAAGCAUACAAAAAAGUUUUUAUACGAAGAGUCAGAUUAUAUAUUA